AUAACUUAAUCCGGAAACAUUAUCACUGUAAAUUUGUGAGAGGUACAAGUUAAGAAUAACCUUUACACUGUUAUAUAUGAUGAUUAUCAUUUACAAUCUCACGAAAUAGAGGAUUGAUUAUCAUUUGUUAAACUCAUAUUUAUCAUGUAUGAAUAAUUUUUUUUUAAAACAUCACACAUAUCUUACGUCUAUUGAGCCUGCUCUUGUAUGCAGAUCAAGUAUUUCAAGCUGUGAAUAUGGUCAUCAUAUAUAGAUCAAAUAUACCUGUGCAUUAUCAUUCUUGGUAAAGGAUUACAAUUGACACAUUUAUGGCUCGUUCAAGAUAUGGGAGGACGAAGUAAAAUAAUUCAUGACAAAAUCUCUGGUAAAAACAACCAGUAGACAACAUUAAAAUUAAAAUCCAAAACGACGACAUGUCUCAGCAGAAAACAACAUAAAUCUACUGUUAUUCAGCUACCUGUCAUUAACAUGAUCCAAAAAUUCAAAUUAUUCUUCUCACUUCUCAAUUUAUUUUUGUUCAGGCUCUGGCUUCUCAAAGAAGGUCUUCUUCAAAAAGCCCCAAGGCUGCAAGUAGAGAGCGCCGGUGGCGGCGGUAACGCCCCACAAGGCGGCGGCUUUGACGUCGGAGGGUUGAAUACGGAUCUUCGCAGGUAAACCGGCCAUUUUCCCAAAUGUGAAAUCUCGAAUGCGAAAGAGAACC